CGAAAAAUAAAUACAACAAUCUCCGCGCAAAAUAUUCAUCGAUGGCUGUCUGUCUGAACGUGAUUGAUACUAUUUCACCCUGAAUAACAAGCGUUUCACUCUUCGGUCCACGAAUUUGAGUAGAUGUAAUACGAAUUACUAAGCCAAGCCGAAGUUGAAGUGAAACAGUGACCGAUGUAGCCGUAUUUGUAACGCUGAUCACUAUUAGUGAACUGUUAACGUCAUUGGUGAUACAUUCGUGACUGUUGUUAUAGCAACUGCCUCUGUCCUAAAUACAUUGUCAUCUCACAUGCUGGGAGAAGACAUCGGCUGAUCAAAUAUCACAUAUCAGACCUGGUUGUAGUGACCUGAUAAAACUAUAAGAGACGUUUUCCCGCUCGCUUCAACAUUUUUAUCAAUUUAAUGUUCCAAACGCGUCUGAGGUGAUCAUCAGCCGGAACGAAGUGUCAAAAUGGUGAAGACAUUUCAAGCCUAUCUACCGGAGUGCCAUCGCAAAUACAGUUGUGUGCAUUGCAGAGCGCAUCUUGCAAAUCAUGAUGAACUCAUUUCGAAGUCUUUCCAGGGCAGUCAGGGCAGAGCCUAUCUCUUUAAUUCAGUCGUGAAUGUUGGAUGUGGUCCAGCCGAGGAGAGAGUCUUACUGACUGGCUUGCAUGCUGUCGCUGAUAUUUUCUGCGAAUGCUGCAAAACGACCCUUGGUUGGUACGAACAUGCCUUUGAAACAAGUCAGAAAUACAAAGAAGGCAAAUAUAUUAUCGAGUUGGCACACAUGAUCAAGGACAAUGGAUGGGAUUCUUGAAACUCAACACCAAUAUAUCUGUGUUUGCACUGAUUUCAAAAAACAAAAGCCAGUCAUUCAUCAAAGUGAGAAAGCGCCAUUUUCUGUGUAUAAACUAUGAAACAAUUCACUGAUGGUUGUCUGUCUGUUGGUGGUUCUCUUGAUGAUGUCCGUAACAUUGCUGUAAAGACUCGAUAUCGACUGGACUUCAUUCGUAUAUAUUUUUUUUCCCCAACAACUUGGUAACGUUCGCUGUGCCUAAUUGUGUGGAACUAAAGAAAGACAUUUUUUUUGCUAAAAGUUCUAUUUAUGUGAAGUUUUUAAAACCUCUUUCUUAUUUAUGAAAAUUUCAAACAAAAAGUGAUUAAUUGAAAAAAAAAGUGAUAUAUAUAUAUAUUUGUGUUUAUAUAUGUAUGGGGGCGUGUUUAAGGAUGACAUUACGAGAAUGUCAAACGAGAAGCGAGUUUAUUUAUAGAAAUAGCUGAAGAUGAGCUACACAAACGAUUCCCUUGAAAUGUAAGGAAGAUGUUGUCAUUCACCAAAAGGAAAACGCAAACUACCUGGAUUGGUCGAAACGAUUGUGGUUUGGAUACUCCUUUCAAGUUGCCCCAUAGCGGUGAAGUCAUAUCGACUGAAAUGGUAAUCAAUAGUUUGAUUUCUUAACACACCCUAUAAAGCUAUAGCUACCUGACUCGUAUAGAUUUACAGAUUUCAUGGAGUAAUCUCACUGAAAUUCCACAUGUGAAAAAAAAAAAAAAACAUUUACACCACAGCAUCAUUGAAAAGAAAUUAUGAUGUUUUUUCUUUAACCCUUUGAUACAUUUCUCUAUCUUUCGAAAAUUAUAAAAAAAACGUUUGGUACUGUAUUUGUUCUUUUAGUCGCUUAUAUGCUCACAAGGAUGACAGAGGUAUAUCUCAUCAAAUUAAAUCAUAUUUUAAGAUUUUGGUUUCUUAGAGAUGCAAUUAUAAUAGAACAAAUAUGGUAUCAGACAGGUUUCUAAAAAAUGAACCCCAUAGUAGAAUGGUAUAACCUUCUAUAUUUUUUUCUUUUAUCUCUGGACCAAAUCUCAGUGGUGAAGAAUUUAACAUUUCUGUGUUUGGCUUAAUGUUUUUUUUUU